GCAGGGACCUAGACCAUCAUGCUUCAGUUCAGAAUUCGGAGCAUUUGGACCCUUGUCGUCGUUGUCGGCACCUGGAUUCUGCCGGCGGAGGCGCAGCCCCGGGGGGCUUCCUGGAGGCGGCGGCCCAACUUUCUCAUCCUCCUGGCUGACGACCUGGGCCUCGGGGACUUGGGCUGCUAUGGGAACAGCACCCUCAGGACCCCCAACAUCGACCGCCUGGCCCAGGAAGGUGUGAAGCUCACCCAGCACCUGGCGGCCGCCUCUGUCUGCACCCCGAGCCGGGCCGCCCUGCUGACGGGCAGGUACCCGAUCCGCUCAGGCAUGGUGUCCAGCGAGGGCCAGCGGGUGCUGCAGUGGGCGGCCGCGUCGGGGGGGCUGCCCCCCCAGGAGGUCACCUUCGCCAGGAUCCUGCAGGAUGCCGGCUACCUCACCGCGCUGGUCGGCAAGUGGCACCUGGGCCUGAGCUGCGCGUCCCUGGGCGACCACUGCCACCACCCCCUGAGCCACGGCUUCCAGCGCUUCGUGGGGACGCCCUUCAGCGCCAUGGGCGAGUGCACCCAGUGGGUGCUGACCCAGAAGCUGGGCCGCCUGCGGGCCGGGCUGCACGUCCUGCUGCGCCCGCUGUGCCCGGCCGUCCUGGCGAUGGCCGCCGGACACCUGCUCCGUCCGACCCGGCUGCCCCGGGCGCCCGUCCUCUGGGCCUCCCUGGCGGCCGUGCUGCUGUCCGCCGCGUCCGUCCUGCUGGGCCCGCUGGUGGCCCGGGCCGACUGCUUCCUCAUGAGGAACCACAGCGUCACCCAGCAGCCCCUCAGGGCCCCCGGGGUGGCCACCCUCAUGCUGCGCGAGGCGGCCCACUUCCUGCACAGCGCCCGCAGGAGCCCGUUCCUGCUGGUGGUGUCGUUCCUGCACGUGCACACGCCGCUGGUCACGGGGCCGCGCUUCCUGGGCUCCAGCCCCCACGGCAUCUACGGGGACAACGUGCAGGAGCUCGACUGGAUGGUGGGUGAGGUCCUCGGGAUGCUGGAGGCCGAGGGGCUGCGGGAGGACACGCUGGUCUACUUCACCUCUGACCACGGCGGCUCCCUGGAGGCCCAGGUGGACGGCCAGCAGUAUGGAGGCUGGAACGGAGGCUACAGAGGUGGCAAGGGGAUGGGCGGCUGGGAAGGCGGGAUCCGCGUCCCCGGGAUCUUCCGCUGGCCGGGGCAGCUGGAGGCCGGGCGGGUCAUCCACGAGCCCACCAGCCUCAUGGACGUCUUCCCCACGCUCUGCUACCUGGCGGGGGCGGAGCCUCCCCGUGACAGGGUGAUUGACGGCCGGGACCUGAUGCCCCUGCUGUCGGGGUCCCCGGGGCGGCCGCCCCACGAGUUCCUGUUCCAUUACUGCGAGGACGUCCUGCACGCCGCCAGGUGGCACCCGGCCCGGGGAGGCCCCGUAUGGAAAGUCCACUACGUGACCCCCAACUUCCGGCCGGGCGCGGGCGCGUGCUACGGGCUUCCGGUCUGCCCCUGCUCGGGGCCCGGGGUGACCCCGCACGACCCUCCGCUGCUGUUCGACGUGUCCGGGGACCCCGGGGAGGCGCGGCCGCUGACGCCGCGCGCGGAGCCGCGUUUCUGGCGGGUGCUGGGCCGGGUGGCGCGGGCGGUGGCGCGGCACCGGGGGACCCUGCGCGCCGCCGCCCUGCAGCUCGACGCCCCCCGCAGCCUCUGGGACCCCCGGCUGCAGCCCUGCUGCGGCGGCUUCCCCUGCCGCUGCGACCGGGAGCCCUUCUUCGGGGCCGCGUAGUAUUCCGGAGCCCUUCUUCGGGGCUGCCUAAUAUUCCCCGGUCGCUUUUUCGGGGCCGCGUCGUAUUCCGGAGCCCUUUUUCGGGGCCGCGUCCUAUUCCCCGGUCGCUUUUUCGGGGCCGCGUCCUAUUCCGGAGCCCUUUUUCGGGGCCGCGUCCUAUUCCCCGGUCGCUUUUUCGGGGCCGCGUCAUAUAUAUA